UGUGACGCGUCGCGCUCUGAGUCAGUGGGGGGCAGGGCUCAAACCGCCUCCGUCACGCUGCGUCAGUCCAGAGUCGCACAAUUAUGAAAAUUCCACCUUCUGCUGGAGCUGCAGCGGACGCACACGACUCCCUCCGCCGCCACCGGGCUCUCCUUCCGCGGCUCACCGAGCAGCACGGCGCCGAUAGAUGGCUAGACGCCCCGGAUCAGCGCGUCGCGACUCUGAACGGUGAAGAGAAUGUCCCAGAAGUCCUGGAUCGAACACAGUUUCACCAAGAGGGAAUGUGUCUAUAUACUGCCCGUGUCAAAAGACCCGCACAGAUGCCUCCCAGGAUGCCAAAUCUGUCAGCAGCUCGUGCGAUGCUGCUGCGGGCGUCUGGUUCGGCAGCACGUGGGCUUCACCGCCACACUGGCAGUGAAAUACUCAGACGUGCGUCUCACCGAGGGAGUGCUGUCCGAUCUGGAGCAGUGGUCAGUGGAGAAGCACACGGAGGAGAGUCCCACUGACGCUUAUGGAGUCAUCAACUUCCAGGGAGGAUCCCAUUCAUACAGAGCCAAGUAUGUGCGUCUCUCCUAUGACUCCCGUCCGGAGGCCAUCCUGAGGCUCAUGCUGAAGGAAUGGCAGAUGGAGCUGCCAAAGAUCGUCAUCAGCGUUCACGGGGGAAUCCAGAACUUCGACCUGCAUCCGCGGAUCAAACAGGUGGUGGGAAAAGGACUGAUCAAAGCUGCUGUCACCACCGGGGCCUGGAUCCUGACCGGAGGGGUCAACACAGGUGUGGCCAAACAUGUGGGUGACGCUCUGAAGGAACAUAUGUCCAGAUCGGCUCGGAAAAUCUGUACGGUGGGAAUCGCACCCUGGGGAGUGAUCGAAAACAGGAACGACCUCAUCGGAAGAGACGUUGUAGCGCCGUACCAAACCCUGCUGAAUCCUCUCAGUAAACUCAACGUGCUGAACAACUUCCACUCUCAUUUCGUCCUGGUGGAUGAUGGGACAGUCGGGAAAUAUGGAGCUGAAGUCAAACUCAGGAGAGAGCUGGAGAAACACAUUAACCUUCAGAGAAUCCACGCCCGCAUUGGUCAGGGCGUCCCGGUCGUGGCACUGAUCUUUGAAGGAGGUCCAAACGUGAUCCUGACGGUGCUGGAGUAUCUUCAGGAGAGCCCGCCGGUGCCGGUGGUGGUGUGUGAGGGAACCGGACGCGCGGCUGAUAUACUGGCAUACGUACACAAGCAGACUGAGCAGGACGGAGCGCUGCCUGAUGGUGUUGAGGCCGACAUCAUUGCGACAAUCAAGAAAACAUUCAACUUCAGCCAGAGCGACGCACUGCAUCUCUUCCAGACGCUGAUGGAGUGCAUGAAGAACAAAGAGCUGAUCACAGUGUUUCCUGUGGGCUCGGAGGACCAUCAGGACAUCGAUGUGGCCAUCCUGAAGGCUCUGCUCAAAGGCACGAACGCGUCGGCCUUCGAUCAGCUGGUCCUGACGCUGGCAUGGGAUCGGGUGGAUAUCGCUAAAGAUCACGUGUUUGUUUACGGACAACAGCUGCUGGUGGGCUCCCUCGAGCAGGCGAUGUUGGAUGCGUUGGUGAUGGACCGUGUGGAGUUUGUUAAGCUCCUGAUAGAGAAUGGUGUCAGUAUGCACCGGUUCCUCACAAUCACACGUCUGGAGGAGCUGUACAACACGAAACAAACUCCGACGAAUCCGACGCUCUAUCACCUGGUGAGGGACGUCAAACAGGGUAACCUCCCGCCCAACUAUAAGAUCACGCUGAUCGACGUGGGGCUGGUGAUCGAGUAUCUGAUGGGAGGAACUUACAGGUGCAACUACACACGCAAACGCUUCCGCAUCAUCUACAACAACCUGCACGGGAACAGCCGGCGGUCAGGUCGACACACGGCCGGCAGCUCACAUGAGUCCUUCAGCAUUCAAGCAGAUAAAAAAGAGAAGACGCGACACAAUCACUUCAUCAACACGGCGCAGCCCUACAAACCCAGGCUGGACUCUGUCUCCGAGCAGCAGAAGAAGAAGAGUAAGGAGGAGGUGGUGGACAUCGACGAUCCGGAGACGCGCAGGUUCCCGUACCCCUUCAACGAGCUGCUGGUGUGGGCCGUGCUGAUGAAGCGGCAGAAGAUGUCUCUGUUCUUCUGGCAGCAUGGCGAGGAGUCCAUGGCCAAAGCUCUGGUGGCCUGCAAACUGCUGCGCUCCAUGGGAUACGAGGCCAAGAAGAGCGACGUGGUGGACGACACCUCCGAGGAGCUGAAGGAGUAUUCCAAUGAGUUCGGCACGCUGGCGGUGGAUCUGCUGGAGCAGUCGUUCAGGCAGGACGAGACGAUGGCCAUGAAGCUGCUGACGUACGAGCUGAAGAACUGGAGCAACUCCACCUGUCUGAAGCUGGCGGUGUCGUCGCGCCUCCGGCCGUUCGUGGCUCACACCUGCACACAGAUGCUGCUCUCCGACAUGUGGAUGGGUCGCCUCAACAUGCGCAAGAACUCCUGGUACAAGGUGAUCCUGAGCAUCCUGGUUCCUCCUGCCAUCCUCCUGCUGGAGUACAAGACCAAAGCGGAGAUGUCCCACAUUCCCCAGUCGCAGGACGCUCAUCAGAGCAUGGAGGACAGCGAGCACAACCUGCAGAAGCCUGACGACAUCCCCAUGGAUGUGUUUAAGGAAGCCCGUCCCAAUGAGAACGCGGAUGUGAAGAAUGAGACGGAGGUGCACGUGCGUUCCCGCCGGUUACCCAUCACACGCAAGUUCUACGCCUUCUACCACGCGCCGAUCGUCAAGUUCUGGUUCAACACGGUACGUGCGGCUCCUUUCUCACGCUGCGUGAGUGUGUGUAGCGACGUGGUGGACGACACCUCCGAGGAGCUGAAGGAGUAUUCCAAUGAGUUCGGCACGCUGGCGGUGGAUCUGCUGGAGCAGUCGUUCAGGCAGGACGAGACGAUGGCCAUGAAGCUGCUGACGUACGAGCUGAAGAACUGGAGCAACUCCACCUGUCUGAAGCUGGCGGUGUCGUCGCGCCUCCGGCCGUUCGUGGCUCACACCUGCACACAGAUGCUGCUCUCCGACAUGUGGAUGGGUCGCCUCAACAUGCGCAAGAACUCCUGGUACAAGGUGAUCCUGAGCAUCCUGGUUCCUCCUGCCAUCCUCCUGCUGGAGUACAAGACCAAAGCGGAGAUGUCCCACAUUCCCCAGUCGCAGGACGCUCAUCAGAGCAUGGAGGACAUACAUCAUAUCGUGUACUGUCUGAACAUCAUCUUCUGGUACGUGCGGCUGCUGGAUAUCCUGGCGGUCAAUCAGCAGGCUGGACCCUACGUCAUGAUGAUCGGGAAGAUGGUGAGAGCCCGGCAGAGCUGGAUCGUGCCGUUUCUCCGCAGUAACGUCUACAUGCAGGUGAAGUCCAUAUCCAACCUGGUGUGGAAAUACCAGCGCUAUCACUUCAUCAUGGCGUACCACGACAAGCCGGUGCUUCCGCCGCCGCUGAUUCUGCUCAGCCACGCCGCGUCCGUGCUGUCCUCCAUCUGCAGGAAGAGGAAGAAGGACAGCAGCGCCUACGGACCAAAGCUCUUCCUGACCGAGGAGGACCAGAAGAAGCUGCACGACUUCGAGGAGCAGUGCGUGGAGACGUACUUCCACGAGAAAGACGAUCAGUUUCACUCUGGGAGUGAAGAGAGAAUCAGACUCACGUCCGACAGGGUGGAAACGAUGUGUGUGCAGCUGAAGGAGGUCGGAAACAAGGUGAACUUCAUCAAGCGCUCUCUGCACACGCUGGAUUCUCAAAUCGGACACCUGCAGGAUCUGUCGGCGCUCACGGUGGACACGCUAAAGGCGCUGACCGCGCAGCGAGCGUCCGAGGCUAGCAAAGUACACAACCAGAUCACACGCGAGCUCAGCGUCUCCAAGAACCUGGGGCCCGAUGUGACGGGGCACUCGAAGUCGAGCGCGCUGGUGCGGUGCAGCGUGGGAUUCCUGCCUCCCGCCGCCAGCAUAGCAGAGUCUCUGUUUGGGGGCGGAGCUGGAGGCGGAGCCGAGGAGCGGCAGGGGGCGGAGCUUCCUCUGAGCCACGAGGCUGGAUCGAGGUCGGAUCCGGCUCCAGCCACGUUCUUCGUCAGCACGCCGUCACAGCUCAUGGACUCGCACACACAUACGGAGCCGGCGCACGCCGCGGAGGAGUUCGGGGCCUUCGUGGGUCACAAGGAUGAUCCUGAGGGUCAGAGGUCGUUCCCUGAAGAGGUUGCUGUGAGCAGCCAGCAGUCGAGUCCCUCCAGAAAGGCUCGGGAUGCGGCGGCGGCAGCGCAGGGUCACAUGCGGACGGUGAACUCAUACGCCGGCUUCACCGAGUUCGACAGAAACCCUUCGUUCCUGCGUCCAGAGUCCACGCUCGGUAAGCAGGAGAGGACGCGUGUGUCGCUGGAGGACGUCUCUCGUUAUGAGGAUCUGCUGCUGGGGAAAUCAGCUCAGUCCAGCAGACUGAGUCCAGGAGAUGACAUCUCAAACACUGCAGGUCUGUAUGCAGGGCGACACACACACCUGGGGCCGCGUAAGGACUCGAUCGGUUCUCCGUUCAAGCCCAUGGAGAGUUAUCAGUAUUCAGCGGUGGAGCGUAAUAACCUGAUGCGGUUGUCUCAGAGUAUUCCAUUCACCCCAGUGCCCCCUAGAGGUGAGCCGGUGACCGUGUACCGUCUGGAGGAGAGCUCUCCCAACACCAUCAAUAACAGCAUGUCGUCGUGGACUCAGCGCGGUCUCUGUGCUAAGAUCGAGUUCCUCAGUAAAGAGGAGAUGGGUGGAGGCCUGCGGCGGGCGCUGAAGGUGCUCUGCACCUGGUCCGAGUACGACAUGCUGAAGCCUGGACACCUGUACAUCGUCAAGUCCUUCCUACCUGAGGUGGUCAACACCUGGCAGAGCAUUUACAGAGAGGACACAGUCCUGCACCUCUGUCUCAGGGAAAUACAGCAGCAGAGAGCAGCUCAGAAACUCACGUUUGCCUUCAAUCAGAUCAGACCCAAAACCAUCCCGUACUCACCCAGGUACUGACACACACACACAGUCGGCGAGAUACUGACAGAUCCGUCAGUCAUUAAGAGCGGAGAGAAAGGGUCUUAUGAUAUGAUCUUUGGCCCCGCGAAUCUUGGAGACGAUGCCAUUCGAAACUUCCGCACCAAGCAUCACUGCAACUCGUGCUGCAGAAAGCUCAAACUUCCCGAUCUGAAGCGGAACGACUACACUCCUGAUAAACUGACGUCCUCCGAGGGCCCGUCCCAUUCGCCGCCUGCAGGGGGCGCCGCGAAAGAACAGCGUCCCUCAAUGCGCUUAAUGCUGUGAGCCGCACACACUCGCAUCACUG